AUGAUUGAUUAGCUCAGCGUCUGGAAUCUUAGCAAAAGGGACGUGGUUGCUGUUGGCUGCCACUUUCCUGGCCAACCUGCAGGACACAGGGGUGCUGCAGGACUUGCCAGCAGGAAAAUGAGGAGGGUCCUGGUUCUCCUGCUCGCUGUGGCAUUUGUGCAGGCUCUCGAGAGAGGUCGGGAUUAUGAAAAGGAUAAAGUGUGCAAGGAGCUCACCAGUCUCGGAAAAGAUGACUUCACAUCUUUAGCAAUGGUCCAGUACAGCAGAAAAUUUCCCAGUGGAACCUUUGAACAGAUCAGUCUUCUCGUGAAGGAAGUUGUGUCCCUGACAGAAGCCUGCUGUGCCGAAGGGGCCGCCCCUGACUGCUAUGACGAAAGGACGUCAGCACUGUCUGCUAAGUCCUGUGAGAGCGACUCUCCAUUCCCGGUGCACACAGGAACCGCGGAGUGCUGCACCAAGGAGGGUCUCGAGAGGAAGCUCUGCAUGGCCGCCCUAAAGCACCAGCCACAAGAAUUUCCUACCUACGUGGAGCCAAGUAAUGAUGAAAUCUGUGAGGCAUUCAGGAAAGAUCCCAAGGAAUUUGCUGACCACUUUAUGUAUGACUAUUCCACUAAUUAUGGACAAGCUCCUCUGCCGCUUUUAGUCAGUUAUGCCAAGAGCUACCUCUCUAUGGUAGGGUCUUGCUGUACCUCAUCAAGUCCCACUGUAUGCUUUCUGAAAGAGAGACUCCAGCUUAAACAUUUAUCAGUUCUCACCAUUAUGUCAAAUAGAAUCUGUUCACAAUAUGCUGCUUACGGGAAAGAGAAGUCGAGGAUCAGCCACCUCAUAAAAUUAGCCCAAAAAGCACCAACUGCUGACCUGGAGGAUGUUUUGUCACUAGCUGAAGAUGUUACCACAAUCCUCUCCAAGUGCUGUGAGUCUACCUCUGAGGACUGCAUGGCCAAGGAGCUACCUGAACACACAGUAAAAAUCUGUGACAACUUAUCCACGAAGAAUACUAAGUUUGAGGACUGUUGUCAAGAAAAAACUCCUAUGGACAUUUUUAUGUGUGCUUACUUCACACCAGCCACCCAACCACCAGAGCUGCCAGAAGUUGAGUUGCCCACCAGUCAAGAUGUGUGUGGCAAAGGCAACACCAAAGCCGUGGACAAGUACACAUUUGAACUAGCUAGGAGGACUCAUGUUCCAGAAGUAUUUCUCAGUAAAGCACUUGAGCCAACCCUGAAAAGCCUUCAAGAAUGCUGUGACUCCCAAGGCUCUACUGCCUGUUUUAAUGCUAAGACCCCUCAACUGAAGAAGGAACUAUCUUCUCUCAUUGACAAGGGACAAGAACUAUGUGCAGGUUAUUCAGAAAACACACUUACCGAAUACAAGAAAAAACUGGCAGAGCGGUUGAAAGUGCAGUUGCAUGAUGCCACAGCCACAGAACUCAAAGAGCUGGUUGACCAGCGCUCAGACUUUGCCUCCAAGUGCUGUUCCAUAAACUCGCCUCCCCUCUACUGUGAUUCUGCGAUUGAUGCUGAAAUGAAAAAUACCCUGGAGUCUUGAUGUGUAUGAACUACCUUAAACCUAAAGCUGGAACCAUCCUGGAAACGACGCUUCAGGCCUAACCCAGCAGAGCCACGCUCCUGGGGGCACAACUAGGUACUCCCUGUUUUUAUCAGCUACAGUACCUUUGUACAAUGAUAAGUACAAUGACUUGCUAUCAAAAUAAAUGGGAAUAGAAUGCAAACCA